GAGCCCCAGACGCAGCAGCAGAGGGAGAGCUCACGCUCACGCUCACGCACUCCCCCUUCCCUCCGGCCCCCACCAUCUCCUCCCCGCGAUCCCGUCCCGCACAGCUCAUCUCAUCGCAUCGCACAUCCUCCUCUCUCGAGGGGAAAAGCGACAGAGCCGCACCCACGCCACACACGAGAGCCACCACUCGACCAGCGAGCACACCACACGCACAGGAGCGAGGAGAGAGGACCGGCAUUGGCUCCAGCCUCGCUCGCAGGGGGGGAAGCCAGGGGCUCCAAUCGAAGCUUCCCGAUCCAGAUCCGACCCGGCGGGCCCGUCCCCGGCGGCGCGGCGGCGGCAUCGGGUUGGCCAGUGCUCCGGUGAGCCCUUUUGCGGGGCGGGUGGUCUGAGAUGGAGGACCUGCUGGACGCCGAGAUCGGCAAGAACGACUACGACUGGCUUCUUACUCCGCCUGGGACGCCCCGUGUUCCUGCUCUGGAGGUUGCUCAGAAAAUACCAUCCUCAAAUAUAUUACCUAAGCGCACCCUCACUAGAUCUUCCUCAACUACAAGAGCAUCAAGGCUUUCGGUGUCUCAAACAGAGAAUGGACAUUCUGCAGUUCCCACCAGACCAGCAAGAAGUAACUCUGUAACCCGCCCUUCUAUCCAAUCAACUCUCAUGUCAAGCAAUAACAGGACAUCAGUUCUCAAUGCAAGUAUUUCAUCUGUCAGUUCAAGACCUACAACCCCAAGUAGGCGAAGCAGCACCAUUGCUGCGCCAAAACAAUUGGUGCCAGCUUCACGUCCAGUUCCAGCAAGGUCAUCUACUCCUGUUAAAGCUCGUCCAUCUACACCAUCCAAAACUCGCCCGUCUACUCCUGUGAAAACUCAUCAAACAACAUCCAACUCUACAACUGACGCAGCUGCUGGCAGGACCACAGCCACCCAAAGUUCAAGGCCAUCGACUCCAAAUUCUCGCUCUCGAAUUAUGUUGAAUUCAUCUUCAGGGUCUAUUCCUGCAAUGAGCCGCCCAAGUCCAUCCAUAGGUAUAAUUCCUGCGACGAGCCGCGCAGGUGCUUCCUCAAGUAAUGGUCAUGGGACAAGCCAUUCCACCUCAUUGUCUUCUGGCACAGUUCCUUCAGUGAGUCGCUCCACCUCACGAUCAUCGACACCUACACGUCAGCCUGCAGUGCGUUCAUCGGCCCCAGCUAUGGGCCGUUCGCCUUCUUUUGGACGGACUUCUAGUAGCCAUAGCUUGACCACAUCUAUGAACCGACCUGCAGCUAGCAGUGUCCGAAGUUCAGCACCGUCAUCGGCUCCAUCAUCACGCCCAAGUUCCCCAGGUCCACGACCCCGAGCUCCAGUGCGCACACAUGACAUUCCUUCCUCGGCUCCAUCAUCUCGUCCAAGCUCCCCAGGUCCACGACCUCGAGCUCCAGUGCGGCCACAUGAUACCCCUUCAUCGGCUCCAUCAUCUCGUCCAAGCUCCCCAAGUCCACGGCCCCGAGCUCCAGUGCGGCCACUUGAUAUCCCUGAUUUCCCAAAUGAAACGCCACCAAACCUGAGGACAAAGCUACCUGAGCGACCACUAUCUGCUGGUAGAUCACGCCCGGGAAUGGCUUCAGGAAUAAGAUCAAACCCACAUGCUGAACAGUUAGCUGCCUCGGCUCCUGCGAAAAAGCUCUCCGUGCCUGCUGCAAGUCGUAAUAAGUUUUCUGAUCCACCAUCAAAGGCGCCUUCUCGCUCAAAUGGACACCAAAAUAGGCAGUCUGAAAGGUCCGUUGUUGACAGCCAAGCUACUAGAACUGCACGGGCUGGUGCAGUUGCAGGCGAUAAUGGAUUUGGGAGGACAAUUUCAAAGAAUUCACUUGACAUGGCGAUCAAGCACAUGGACAUUCGGCAGAACCUGGGUGGCAUCCGUGGCGCAUCCCUGUUCCCCCACAGCAUCCGCUCGAGCGCCGGCAAGGUCCGUCCGGUCCGAAUGUCUGACCCAGGGCAUCCCACCUUGAACGGUGACCACCCGCACUACGCCGACAACGGCAGCACCAACGGGCACUUCUUCUCAGGGGACUCGUACGGAGCUGUGUCCCGCAACGGCGGCAGCUCGACCGACUCGCCGGACCGGGGAAGCUUCGGGACCAAGGAGACGUCCCUGAGCGAGCUGGACAUCUACGGCAGCUCGCGGUACGAGGCGAUGCUGCUGCGGGGGGAGGACGUGAGGAACACGAGCUGGCUGCACGGCGGGUUCGACGACGACAAGCCCGACCAGAGCCCCCUGUUCGACCACCGGUUCGAGCCGCUCCCGGAGCCCUUCAGCCCCUUCUGACGCUGACGGCCGCCUCCCUGCCUCUGUAUGUAAAGUCUAUCCCCCCGGUCAUCGCCUGUUCCUCACGUCCUUCGUUUUGUGUUUGCACAAGAUGUGUAGUCUGUAUGCCCUUUGAUCUGUUUCUGUUUCAUAGUUGGUUCUGCGGCCUCUGCACGCACGCCCUUUCUUCUUCUUCUGCCGAAAUGGACGAGGCUGAGAGAAACUCCGGGUUUGUGUAACCUAAUUUGUUGUUGCCUAGAGGCCGGAGAGUUGGUUCUCUUCACAGGAGAUUGUUGUUACAGAUAGAUACUUGAUGAACAGUAAAGAGCAUUUGUGAGUUGUUGUAA